GAACUUUAUUUUAACACGGGGAUGUCCUAAACUGUGACAGCUGCCAGUGGGAUUUCUAGUAAUAUGAAAUACCUUAUAGGGUGUAACCCUUUAGUUUUCUCCCUCCUCCUUGGAGGGGAGGGGAGGAAGGAAGGGGGAGGGCUUACACUUGUUUUAACAGUGGACCUUGGCACUUGACUUACUUUCAGUUUUCUAACGGGUUCCGAGUGCUGUGCAGAUGCCUCUGUUCUGCAGGCAGUUUCACGUCUAGUUUGACAGACACUAUGGAUGGAUUUAAGUAUACCUGCCUGGACUUCUUCCUCACUUGUGUUGGUCUGUUGUUCCUGCUGCUCGACAUAGUGCUGGAUAUCUUUACCGUUGUGUCUUUCUACGAGGAGAAGAACUAUGUGUGUCUUGGUGUCCUGGUGCUGUUUCUGGUGGGCUCGUCAGUUCUUGUUCAGGCCUUCAGCUGGCUGUGGUAUAGCUUUGAUGAGUCUGAGAGGGAAACAAAAGUUGAGAAAUGCGUGAGUCGGAGCCAACUCAAGCUGCUUCAUGUUUUCCAGCUGGGAAUCUACUUCAGGCAUGCAGGUGUUGUGGAGAUGUCUCUACGCCGCUUCUUCUCUAAAGAACGUGACAGUGAAGGUUUGGCAGCACACCUGAGCCACGACCUCAGCUUGCUGCGGCUCAUAGAGACGUUUUCAGAGAGCUCCCCUCAGCUCGUCCUCAUGCUCACUCUCACCCUGCAGCGGGGUGAACUCAGUCAUUGGCCAGUGUUGAAGGCACUCGGGUCAGCCUUAGCCAUCGCUACCAGUGUGACCAUGUACCACCGCUUCAUGCGCUCCUUCCUGCCCAAGAAGGCGAAGCAGGGGCCCCUGUCCUCGUUGGUUUACUUCCUCUGGAACUUCCUUCUCAUCGUGUCUCGCCUCGUUGCCCUCGCCCUGUUCACCUCUGUUCUGCCCUGCUUCAUCUUCACCCACUUCUUUUGCUCAUGGCUGUUUUUUUUCUUCUUCAUCUGGAGGUGCAAAACCGACUUCAUGGAUACCCCUUGUGGAGAGUGGCUUUACCGUGCCACCGUGGGCCUCAUUUGGUACUUUGACUGGUUUAAUGUGGGCACAGGAAAGACGAGGAACAAGACUGUGAUCUACCAUGGGUGCAUGCUGGUUGAUAUCACCGUCCUCUGUGGCUUGUGGUACUGGAAGAUGAUCACAGACCCACCUUAUUUUCAAAUCCCACAGUUGUAUGCUAUAAUCAUAGCCGCCAGUGUUGUUUUACUUUAUGUUUUUGGUCUCUUAUGUAAAAUAAUAUAUUACAAGUUUUACCAUCCAAGCCUCACCAAAGACGAGUUAAAAGAGAGCCCAACAGAACAAGGACAAGUUACUGCUACUGGAGAUGAAGUGGACAAUUUAGUUGUUACAGAUCGCAGCAUGCCGAGCCCAGCACCCGAAGUUAGACACUACAAUAAAAGAAUGAGGAAGUUGGCCGAGAACUUCUACGCCUCCUGACCUGCAUCACUUGACAUCCACCGGACAAGGAGGCCAGAUUGAAACUGAGUCAUGCAACCAUCAGUCAAGCAGCCUUCGUUAACGUGAUCAUCGGGCUGUGUGUGGGAUGGUGGACUAUGACACAAUCUCAUGGGAGAUGACUUCAGUUCACAUCCAGACUGCUGGAUUCUUGUAAUCCUCCUCUGCACUGCUGCUGUCUACCAAGGCACAUAAACCC